AAAUUUUCACUUUCUCACAAUUCUGUUUCAAUUUUUUUUCUCGCUCAAAAAAAAAUCAAAAAUUUACCCAAAAUCAAAAAUAUACACUUACACCGCCCACGACAAGACAGGAGACCGAAAAAAACCAAAUAACAAAUCCCAACAAAAGAAAAUAGGAGAAACCAAGCGAAGGCCACACGAACAGCGAUCGAAAUCCAAUCCGAUUCAAAAGAAACUGAUCUCUCGUUCAUAGAUAAAAGUUCCGCUGUGUGAUCUACACAAUUGAGAGCUAAUAGAGCUCACUUUUCCGGAACCCUGUCCUUUGACCCUGAUCCUCGUUUCACCGAUAUUCAACAGAUAUCCUUUCUAAGCCAAAAAGAGAGCCAGAAAGACGGCAGCAGUAGCAGAUUCUUCUAGAAGCAAAGAAGAAAGGCCGGAAGAAUCUUACCACCCGCUCUCCAUGCCCUCAAGGAAAUCGAUCAUCCCAAAACAACGUUUUAAAGUCUGAAAUCUGUCGAAAAUCUCUCAAAUAGCGACAUCGACCGAUGCACCUAAAAGCCGGUAACUAGAAAUUGGAAACUCAAAGGGAUCAAUAGCCUGGUCAGUACCGAGAUUCUAGGAGCAAUAAAAGCAUCGCAAUUUUAAGCAGUCACAUCCGACAUCCUAUCAAUCAAUCGAGUAGCAACAGCUCAGUCAACAGAUCUAUAACUCUUUUUUUUGGCCCAAUUGACACCAAAAACGAAAAAAAAAAACAAAAAAAACCACAUAUGUAACUUUUUUUCGAAGCCCACAAUAAGGACGAGUUUAAAACCGCAACGCACAACCAAGUUUCGAGCAAAACAGUUUAAAUUAAAACGCGCAAAAAACGUAAAAGACAGUUACAAAAAUCCGUGAAAUUACAAAAAAAAAAAAAAAAAAAAAUGCAAACGCGACUUUAAUACAAAUCCACUGACAAACGCUUGCUAAACGCUUUUUUCCGGUUCAGCAGAGGUCAGCGAAAGUUUCAACUCGGCUAAAAAAAAGAAAAGUUACCAAAAAAAGAAAAACAUACAUAAAUGCAAACGUAAAAUCCGUCAAGGACAUGAGUCAAUCGAGUAAUUGAGCGCGCAAAAUUCAAAAAGUCAUCAUUCCACACAAAACACCCGUAACGAAAAAAGAGUUGAUGCAGGAGUAAAAAGAAGACAAGCUGAAUACAAAAUACAAAUUUAUUAAAGAUCAAUUUCGAAAGUCACCGAUUCGAUUCGAUUCGCGGUUUUUGAAAGAGCCACCUUGAAAUUUUUAAAGUGUUCGAGCAACGAUUUUUGCAAACGUUCGGUUUCAGGCAGUCCAGUCCUUAAGCUAUUUUCCCCCGGGAUAAUUAUAUAUUAACGUCGGCUAUAUUUAUAACAUAUAUCCGAUCGACUCACCAACCCCGAAGGUAAACUUCAAAAGCACACACGCACACUCAACACCCAAAUACAAAAAGAGCUACCGAAAAUGGCAUCCGAACUGGAUCAAUUCGCCGACCUGGAACUCUCGAAGGAGGAUCGUGAACAGAUCUUCGAUCCGCCACUGGAUCGACAGCAGUUGGAAGGUGCUGGCACCUCAAGUGUUACGACAUCAAAAAUCUUAAUAAGCGGCAUACCGAUGCAAACACGUUUCGAAGACAUCGAACCGCUACUGAAGCCCUAUGGCAUCGUCAAACAGUGUGAGGCUAUUUCUAGUAAGGAUCAAAAUACUCAAACAGUACAUAUAACAUUCGAAAAUCCUGAGCAGGCGCAAAGAGCUGCUGGUGGUCUAAACGGUGUCGAGUUCGAGGGUAGCAAGCUGCAUGCCGAGCAGCUGGACAAGAACCAGCGGCGUAGCCAGCGCAACCAGCGCAAUCCGUAUCCGGGUAUGCCCGGCCCCGGACGCCAGGCGGACUUCCCGCUACGCAUCCUUGUGCAGAGCGAGAUGGUGGGUGCCAUCAUUGGCCGCCAGGGCAGCACCAUCAGGACGAUCACACAACAGAGCCGUGCUCGCGUCGACGUCCAUCGCAAGGAGAACGUUGGCUCGCUGGAGAAAUCGAUCACGAUCUAUGGCAAUCCGGAGAAUUGCACCAAUGCCUGCAAGCGCAUCCUGGAGGUGAUGCAGCAGGAGGCCCUCUCUACGAAUAAGGGAGAACAACUCUCCCACGAUUGCAGUGAAAUUUGCCUCAAAAUACUCGCCCACAACAAUCUGAUUGGACGGAUUAUUGGCAAGUCGGGCAAUACCAUCAAACGGAUCAUGCAGGACACCGAUACGAAGAUCACCGUCAGCUCGAUCAACGACAUCAACAGCUUCAAUUUGGAGCGGAUCAUCACGGUCAAGGGAUUGAUUGAGAACAUGUCGCGUGCUGAGAACCAGAUUAGCACCAAACUGCGCCAAAGCUACGAGAACGACCUGCAGGCGAUGGCGCCGCAGAGUCUCAUGUUCCCCGGUCUCCAUCCCAUGGCAAUGAUGUCGACACCGGGCAACGGCAUGGUCUUCAAUACGAGCAUGCCGUUCCCCUCGUGUCAAAGCUUUGCCAUGUCCAAGACCCCGGCCAGCGUGGUGCCACCGGUCUUCCCCAAUGACCUGCAGGAGACCACCUAUCUCUACAUACCGAACAACGCUGUCGGCGCCAUCAUAGGCACUAAGGGCUCGCACAUCCGGAGCAUCAUGCGCUUCUCGAACGCAUCCCUCAAAAUAGCCCCCCUUGACGCCGACAAGCCGCUGGACCAACAAACGGAGCGCAAGGUGACGAUUGUUGGCACACCGGAGGGUCAGUGGAAGGCGCAGUACAUGAUCUUCGAGAAGAUGCGCGAAGAGGGCUUCAUGUGUGGCACGGACGACGUGCGCCUCACAGUUGAAUUGCUUGUGGCGAGCUCUCAGGUGGGUCGCAUUAUUGGCAAGGGUGGCCAGAAUGUGCGCGAAUUGCAGCGCGUGACGGGCAGCGUGAUCAAGUUGCCGGAGCAUGCACUUGCACCGCCAUCCGGCGGCGAUGAGGAGACACCGGUGCACAUUAUCGGACCAUUCUACAGCGUACAGUCUGCACAGCGACGCAUCCGUGCCAUGAUGCUGUCGACAAAUCCGCCGCCAAUAACCAAAAAACAGAAAGCUGCCAAAGAACAAUUGCAACAACAGCAACAGAACCUCGCCGGAGCUGCGACCAGCGGGUCCCAGCAGCAGCAACAGCAGCAGCCACAGUCGCCAUCGCAACAGCAGGCGCUGCCGCCGCAAUUGCAUCAUCAGCCAGUGUCGUCUGCGUCGUCAUCGUCGACGCCGCCUGCACACCAUCAGCAGCAAGCGUCGACGGCAGCGACCUCACACCAGUUGCAGCAGCAGCAGCAGCAGCAGCAGCAACAGCAGCAGCAGCCAUCGCCGCCGCCACCGGGCAAUGCAACUGCGGCCGCAGCCCAGCAGCAGCAGCAGCAGCUGGCGAGCUCACAGCAGUGAGCGGGAAGCAUCGAUGAAUAAGAACACCGGCGCCGUAGCAGCAACACUAAUAGCAGCAACAUCAGCAACAUCAGUAACAUCAGCAACAUCAGCAACAGUAGCAACAGCAACAGCAGCAGCAACAGCAACAUCAAUAUCAACGACAGCAGCAACAGCGCCAACAAUAGCCAAGGCAGGGUUUUCUUCUGUUGAUACUACCUCCACAACAACACACCCAUAAUCUUCAAUCCCCCAACAAUCACCCACCCACUACUAUUUACAACCCCGUAAUUACAUGCUAACCGUAGGCGCCACCUUUGUGCUGGCACAGGCGACGGCAAAAGUAAGCAAAUAACCUGGAGCAUAAACAAAAACAAAAUCAUAUAGGGCAACACACCAAGUACAUCAAAAAGUUUCCCGUGCGAAGAAGCUGUACUGGUUUUAAUGAGUGAAUUGCAACUUUUAAUUAGAAGCAUAGCAAAAGUCACACACACACACAGCAAGAAAAACAAUAACAACAUUCUUCAUUUGCAUACUAAGAAAUAAAGAGAAAACUUAAA